AGCGACUCAGUCUUAUUUUAACCAUCAGAAUGGACACUUCAUUUGAAUCUGUUUAUAUGAUUUACGAAAGGCUUUUAUCCGUUGUUGGUCAAUGGCCAUAUCAAACAAAAUUAAAAAGAAUUUGUUUAUCCAUAUUUGCUUAUAUUUCUCUAAUAACUUUACUUAUUCCAGAGUUAAUAGGUUUGAAGAAAUAUUGGGGAAAUGUGGAUAUUGUUAUUGAAUGCCUUCCACCUAUUAUUAUGAUCAUUAUUGUUCUUUGUUUAUUAACAAACAGUAUUAUCAAAAUUGAAAAUUUGGAACUUAUAAUUGAAAAAAUGAAAACUGAUUGGGAUUUUUGGACAACAGAUUUAGGAAUUGAUGGUCUACACGCUUAUGUUAAGGGAGGAAGAAGUUUAGAUUUCUAUUUUUCAUGUUGUAGUGCUGUUGUGGCUAUUCUAUAUACAUCUAUGCCAAUGACACCACUAAUUUUGAACAUUAUUUUACCAUUAAAUCAAUCACGAACGAAACAAUCACUUUUUCAUACGGAAUAUUAUUUGAAUGAAGAAAAAUAUUAUUAUUGGAUAUUAAUUCAUAGUUAUAUUACAAGUUUCACUGUUGCUGUUAUUUUAGUCAGUAUACAAACGAUAUUUUCUGCUGUGAUUAUACAUGCAUGUGGAAUAUUUUCUAUAUUAGGCGAUAAAUUGAAAUAUAUUUUAAAAGAUGAUUUCAAUGAUGAUGUAAUUGAUAAAAAAAUAAAUCCACAAAAAAUUGAUGAAGAUAUUAAAAUAUUUGUUGAAAAGCACAUGGAAAUAUUAAAUUUCGUAGACGAUAUAGUUGAUUAUUUUUCAAUACCAUUUAUCAUACUUUUGGGAUUUAAUACAGUAAUCAUAAGUAUAACAGGAGUUCAGACAGUGAUAAAGCUUCAUAAAUUUUAUGAAGCUGUCAGAUUUGGUUCUUUUACUUUUGGUCUAAUUAUUAAUAUUUUUUAUCUCAAUAUUCCCUGUCAACAACUGAUUGAUCAUAGUACUGAUAUAUCUGAUUGCAUAUACAAUGGAUAUUGGUAUCAAUUGUCUUCAGAAACACAAAAAUUGUUGUUAAUGAUAAUGAGAAGAAGUUCAAUACCAUCUGAAUUUACAGCUGGGAAAUUGUAUACAUAUUCAAUCAAGAAUUUUGCUUCGAUUCUUCGAGUAUCUAUGUCAUAUUUUACUAUGCUCUCUUCGGUUCGAUAGAAUUAAUAUUCCAUAUAAAUAUUUACAACAAUAUUUUAAUAUAAAUAUAAAAACAGAAUAUUUUGUAUAAAAAUUAAU